AUGGCAGAGGCACAACAGGAACAGCCACAGGCUCAUCAACCUCAGCCUGAACCCGUCUUUGCCGCCGCUGAAGAACCAGCCCAUGCCCUCCCACAUCAAUCGCCUGCCCAGUCUCCAUUAUCACAAGCUACGCAAGAGCAGGAAAAGAGACAAGGGACGCAGGGGCAGGUACAGGUACAGGUACGGGUAGAGCCAAAGGUACAGUUCCCGUCACAGGCAAAGCCAGAUGUCAAAACUUUCCACACACACGCACGCGCUCCAACUACAAAUUUACGAUCCCCAAAUAAUGCAACUACGACAACACUAGUCGCCUACGCGCAGGAGCAGGAGUGCGCACGAGAACAGAAUCAAGAUCGGGAACAGGACCAAAAACAGAGGCAGCAAAUUCCCUCCUCGAAUCACGCCAACGACGACGUCGAUAAUCCGAUCUCGAUCUCGACCUCAACCUCGACCUCGAACUCAAAUUCGGACUCGAACUCGACGUCGACGACAGCCUCACCUCUAAGAGUCCCCACGACCACCACCGUCGCUGCUGACCAGGCCAGUCUGCCCUCGGCGACGGCGGCCACCAACGGCGCUUCACCUGAUCAUCGACAUCAGGGGCAGGAGCAACAAGGGGGCGUUGCGCCGUCAUCGGAAGCCAUGUCGAACAACCCACCUCACCAUCAUCAGGGGCAUCGACAACCAGCUAGCUACCCGACUCCGACGGCGUAUGCGACGCCUGGUAUGACUAGCGCGCAUUACGGAUAUGCAAACCCGGCAGCUCAAGGGCCGGACGCGUACCGGGCGAGCGCAGGCGUUCCAAACAGCGCUAUGGCGUUACCAAGCAUGCGCACCUUCGACCCUGCUCAACAACAGGCUCAGCAACAGCAACAUAUGGCAAUGGCCAUGCCCGUCAACCCGGUACCUUCGGUCCCAUCGAUGCCGGCGCAGCAGCAUAUGUCUUAUUUUGGACAGCAACCGGUCCCCAUGGCGGCGAAUAAUCCGUACGCCUUACCUCCGGAUGCUUUGAGACCACAAUACGCUUUACCUCCAAGCGGACCAGGUAGUGUGCUGGGCGGCCGACAUAAGAAGUGCGACGAACAGCAUCCCGUCUGCAAGAAUUGCCAAAAGUCGAAGCGCGAAUGUUUGGGAUACGACCCGAUCUUCAAAAAUCAGCAGCAACAACAUCCUACCAAUAUUCGACCGGCCCCGAAUAGUUCAACUUCCACUUCCGCACCGUCGAGUCGACCUCCCGUGUCUUCCUCCACCUCUGCCUCUGCUUCCGCCUCCGUGCCCGGCGGUGCUGCUCAGGCUCAAUCUUCUUAUUCUACUACCCUUCCCCCGGUAAUACCUAAUAAUACCACUCCCACUACCGCACCAUUCACCGGAAACCUGACAGCCGCGGGAACAGCUGCGUCGACGAUCAAAGGCGAACCUCUUGAAUACCCUUCCGCUAUCGAUCCUACUUUAGAGCCCGCCCUGGCAACUACGAGUACGUCGACUUCUCAUUUCCUAGCGACUAGACCCAUCAUCCCAAAUCCUCUUGAUUAUUAUUCACCAGACACUCCCCGUCUUAUCAGAGGAGGUGGUGGCCCUACGUUCGUCCCCCUGAAUUCCUCUGUUUCGCAUCCUACAUCGUAUUCAUCCCAACAGCAGCAAACGUCAGCUUACACUAGCUUUCCAGCACGAAAGAUGAAGGUCCACGAGCUCGUGGGUAUGAGUGGCGCCAUCCCCCCUGCCCUCGACUCUCCUCUAACUAGCGAAAAGCUGGCCGAGGUUAGAGACCUGUACGACCAGGUAUACGCUCCCGGGCUAGAGAAGUUCUUCGAAACGGAGUGGUAUACGAGACCUCGAGGCGUCGAUACCUUGAUAUCGAACGCGGCUGUCAAUGAGAUGCUGGCGGGCUUUUUGCAAUCCGUGGCCAAGACGGACGCUAACAAUGUCGCCGGAAUGCAAUACUCGGCUAACCUUGAAUUCCGAGUGGUUUGGGAUUUGGCUUCGUUGGUGUAUGCGUCCGAAUACAAAGUCAACAUGGGAGAGCAACUGCCGCCUCCCGACGAUGGGUCAGAGGCGAGAAAUCGAGUGACGGUUUUCGAAGUCUUGUUGUCCGGCGACUAUCUCGAGCAGAAUCCGCUUCAGCCACCUCCCCCAAACUCUGAUAUACGACUUCACCGAAUCAGAGAGUUCAAGUUCUGGUAUUUCCUCGCCGAGUUUCUCCGCGUGAAGGAUCAGCCGGGCCUGGACACAAUGCGCCAACGAGAUUAUAUUCUGGGGCAAUUACGCGAGCUACUAGAUGGGCGCGAGAACCGUGAUGUCCUCUAUUCCCUCGCGGUCAUCCGCGCUCUUGCGCCAAAUCUUCCUCCCGACUUCGAGAGUAGCUUGCCUCCACACCUGGAUGAGAGCGACCCGAAGAAUAAGCUGGCGGUAGCCCGCAAAUUUAUCCAGGACGAGUCACAAGUCACCGGAGGCACUACCAACGUAGUCCGCCGCUUCUCUGAACUUGCCGUUAGGGCUUUCAUUGUUCCUGGAAGCAAUAUCGUUCGAAGAUGACGAUAAAUCACCCGAGUUAUCGAUAUUUACUAUAGCGAUGUAUUAGUAUGGUCAUGCGGAAUCCAAUAUUCUUGUUGAUAUAGCAUUCGGGAGCGCGGAACAUCCAAGUGGCAGUUUUACCUUCGUACAGCAUCAUCGGCACGGUCGAUUGCCCGUUUCCCCUACUUUUACCCACGCCCUUAAUCUAAUCAGAUAUGGAUGGCCACGCUGUAUUUGGCAGGAGAUAUCAUGACGUAUAGGUCAAAGGAGAAGGGACUUGACUGGCGUUGCGGCAUUCUACGGAACACGGAAAGAAAAAAUGAGAUUACGUUUACAUCUUUAUUUUAUCCUCCGAAAAGGGUGUACGAAUAAGUGUUGAAAAAGAGUAU